UAGUAAUUCACAAUCAUCGCCCACGACAUCCGUAAUUUCUCAAUCGAGAGCAGCGACACACGAGCAACCAGCUACUUCUGCAGCACCAUCACCAGCAACAGCACACAGUCGACAUGACGGACAAACUCAUUCCGUCAAACCCUGACAAGGUCAUGGUAAUUCGUAACGUCACACCCGACAUUGUCACCCUCUCGCUACCGUUUUCGCGCUUCGGUCACAUCAACAUCGGCGGUCGCGGCACUCUCGUCCGUAUGCAGAAUGGCAGUGUAGCCGUCUUUUCCCCGGUGGCCUUGACCGACGAAGUCCGCAGCCAUAUUGAGAAACUGGGAGCCGUAAAAUACCUCUGUGCCAACGAUGCCGAGCACCACAUCUUCAUGGACGACUGGCACAAAGCCUUCCCGGACGCCAAACUUAUUGGCCCGGACAUGAUUAAGGAGAAGCGCGAGAAGCAGAACAAGCCGUUGCCCUGGACACACCUUUUCCGCCCCAAGGACAAUGUCAGUUGGAACAUUGACGAGGCCUUCGAUCGUGAGUUCGAGGCCGAGUACGUCCAUGCUCACCAGAACAAGGAGUUGGUCUUCAACCACAAGCCUUCGAAGACCUUGAUCCAAGCUGAUCUGUUGUUCAACCUGCCUGCCACCGAACAAUACUCGCGUACCGACAUCAACCCUACUGCUGGCUUCCUGACCAAGUUGAUGUGCAAGAUCAACACAACAGCUGGUACGGCCGUCUGGCAAAAGAGGUUCCUUUGGUAUGGUGUCAGUUCCUCGGAUAGACCUUCCUUCAACCAGAGCAUAGCAAGAAUCGACAAAUGGGACUUUGAGCGCAUCAUCUCCUGCCACGGCGAUGUGAUUGAGAAGGAAGGUAAAGGCAUCUUCAGAAAGGUCUUUGAAUGGCACUUGGAAGCUGCAAAGAAGUCGACCUAGAAUGUGCGACUCAAGUUUAGGUCGCGGGCCGCGCACGACGUGUAUCGCGAGGCAUCACAUAGUUGGAACACGACAUUGGUUUCUCUUGUAAUAACUUUUGGGGUUACAAAAAUUAGAUAUAAUGACAAUGCUAGCUUGAUAAUCAUAUCAGAAAACUCCUUGCCCGAUGAUGCA